AUGCCCUCCACGCCAAGGAUCCAUAUCCUAGGCUUAGGCAACCUAGGUCGUCUUUUUGCCCACGCACUCGCUACUCUACCAAACCCACCACGAAUCACGCUCCUCUUCCACCGCCCCAGUCUACUGGACGAUUGGGAAGCAGCUGGUCGCCAAAUACAAAUUGCGUCCAAAGAUCUCAGCUCAACAUCCUCAUCAUCAAACUAUACAAUCGAAGUCAUAGACUCCAACUCCAGUACAUUAGGCUCCUCAACACUGUCUCCCUCACAGGGGCCUAUCCAAAAUCUCCUCAUAACAACUAAAGCUCAACACACCCUCCGAGCACUAAUACCUCUCCUCCCCCGUCUCACCAAAUCAUCCACCCUCCUCUUCGCCCAAAACGGCCUCGGGACAAUAGACGAAGUGACAGCCGCCUUGUUCUUCAACCCGUCAACACGACCAAAGUAUCUCGCUGCGAUUACUUCUCAUGGUGUGUAUUCGACGGGACCAUUCAAAUCGGUUCACGCUGGGUUAGCGGAUGUGAAGGUUGGACCUGUUUAUCCUCGCACUGAGCCUCAGUCUCAAAAUGCAUCUGCAGCGAAUUCCUCUCCAAAGCCCCUGGAGGGAACUCAAAAUGAACAUGGAGCAGAAGCAGAGCAAACAGCACCUCUCCUCAACGCCCUAACAUCCUGCCCCAUCCUCACAUGUACAACCGUCCCAGCACACACGCUCAAAAACCUACAACUCGAAAAGUUGACCAUAAACGCCAUUGUCAACCCCCUGACCGCCAUCCUAGGCGUCAAGAACGGAGAAAUAUUACAACACGACUCCAUACGCAGAGUCACUCAUCUACUCAUCGAAGAAUGUAGUCGUAUCCUCGUCUCCCUCCCCGAACUCCAACCUACCAACUCCAAAACCACUACCUCCUCCCCAUCACCAGGCAAGAAGUCUCCAGACGAUGAGAUGACUCUGUUGGAAAGGUUCUCGCCUACCAGGCUGGAUACCCUUGUAACGACCGUGGCGCAGAAAACAGCUGCGAAUACGAGUUCUAUGUUGCAAGAUGUCCAGGCUGGACGGGAGACGGAGAUCGAGUAUAUCAAUGGGUACUUUGUGAGGAGGGCGAGGGAGACGGGGAUAAAGUGUGUAUUUAACGAGAAGAUUGUAGGCGCGGUGAAGGGGCGUGUGAGCGUGGGUGUUGGGGAGUUGGAGGGUUUGUUUGACGGGUUGGGGGAGUGA